AUGAAACUAAAGUACGGUCUGAACCAAGAGGUGCGAGCAAAUCGGUUGCUAACGGAGAUUUUCUUUUUUGAGAGUCAGUUGCAGCGGCACGGACACAGGGGUGGUUACUGCAGCUUGAUUAAAGGGCAUCGUGACCCAGCUUCUCGACAACAGAACGGUACCUCUGCAACCUCCUCUCAGAAGCACCACGGCUCUCGGCAACGCGAGCACACCCUCAGAGGCCGUCACUGGGACACCCGACCUCAAGACAUUCACAGACGUCGUACCUCCUUCAAUAUUGUCAGCAAUCAGACAAUGUUGCAAUUCCAACAGCCUUUAGUAAAGCAGGUGAGUGCAUCGGUGUCCAUAGGCCUCAUGAUAUCAUGCAGCCUCUCCACUUGGGGCUACCCUUCCGUCUCCCUUCCCAGAAUGUCUCUCCCGGACUCCCCUGUUAAAUUUACUCCGAAUCAAGAGAGUUGGUUUGCCACGGUACAGUUGCUGAUGUACGUCCCCGGGGGCCUGCUUGGCGGGGUGCUGUGUGAGAGGCUGGGUCCCAGGAAGCUCCUGCUCCUGCUGGCACCUCUAAUGUGGGCCUCGUUCGCGCUUAUGAGCCUGGCGUCGUGCGAGGUGGUACUCCGGACGGGCCAGCCGGAGGUCUUCCUGCUGUGCUGUCGGGCCGUCCAGGGACUCGUGGGAGCCCUGAUAAAUCCAGUCGCCUAUAUAUACACAUACGAAGUCACCGGAAACCGACUUCGCGGUACCUUGACAGGCCUUCUUGACGGUUGGUCGUCGCUGGGAAUGCUCCUGUGCUAUGCCUCCGGUUGUGUCCUUUCCUGGGAGGCGGUGGCGCUGCUCGUCCCGUCCGUCACUGCAAUCCCCGCUUUCUGCGGCCUCCUGUUAACGCCGGAGUCCCCGAUGUGGCUGGGGAGAAAGGGUAAGGAGGAGGCGGCUCGGGAGGCGCUGACGAAGCUCAGGAGCGCCUCAGAGCUCUCGGAGGACCUGGAGGCCGUGAAUAACAAACCUGUCGCUGAAACGUCUUUCAAGAAUUCAUUCCGGGAAGUUUUCCAGAAGCCAAACCUUUUGGCCAUAUUUGCAGCGGCCUUGGUGAUCUUCACGAAGGAGAUUAAUGGCAACGCAGUCGUUGCCAUUUACAUCGUCCACAUUUUCCAGUUCGCGGGAGUGGGUUUGGAUCCCAACUUGAGUUCGGUGAUGGUCGGAUCGGUUCGCCUUGCGUGUAAUUGCGUCUCCGUUGUCCUGAUGCACAGCCUUCGACGCAAACCGAUGCUUUCCAUGGCCAAUGUGAUGAUACAUUAUCAGCUCAAAAGGGCAUGGACUACCCCCAACCCCGACUCUGUUGAACGCCCGCCAUGGGCACAGAACUUGAUAGAAGUCUUCAAUUAUGAGGUUACAAGAAAAGAGGCAGAAGUAGAGGGGAACAUUACAGUGCCUCAAGAAAAAGCUGAAAUGACGCCCAUUGUUGCAAGCACUGGAUACCACCCAGUCUACUAA